GGGGGAGCGACGGCCGGAGGAGGCGAAGGCUGCUCUGCCUUGGCUUAGGAGGCUCUCUCGGCGUCCGCCGCGAAGGCACCAAGCGCAGGCAGUCCGCAGCCCCAGCCGCCUCCUCUCUCCAUCACCUGGUGACGAGGAGGAGGAGGAGGAGGAGGAAGAUGCGAGAGGCGAGGAUGGGCGAAGGAGGACGCUGGGACUGAAGGCUUGAGCGCGCGAUGCAUGCUCCAUAGCCAGGGAAGAGAAGAGGGAGAGGAGGAGGAGGAGGAGGUGCCGCCUUCUUCCUUCCUUGCAGCUCUGGAGGGGAGAGCCAGAGAAGCGAGUGGCGCUUGCCAGGGCGAAGGCAAGGCUGCCCAGGACUGGGGGCAUCUCUGUCCUCUGCCCAGCAGUGAAGGAAUUCUGCAUCAGGCUGCAACAGCCGGGCUUUGCCUUUUCUCUCCCUCACCCAUCUCUGCUCGUCUGGCUCUGGACCGGAUUCGAUUGCGCCAGGCGGGAGAGCGAGCGAGAGACUGUGUCUGGAUUCCGAAAUGGGAUACGGUUGUGAAGCCUAUGAUCGCAUUGUCUCCUCUGAACAGGAGAGAAGAUGUUGGCCACACUUUAAACAAUGACUGGUUAUGGCCGGUUGACCAUCAGCUUGAUUGCUCCUUUUCCUCUGAAAGACUUUAGUAGCUUUUUAGCAACAUCCCCCUUGUGAUCCCAUCAUGUUUCCUGUACUGGCUUAAACCAUUUCCUAAGAUGGUCCUUUUGCUAUUCUUUGCAAUCUUGGUGUUGAAGGAAGAUGUCUGUGGGAACCUUGGGCUUUUGGUUUCUGCACAGUCCAACGAAAGAAGGGUUGUGGCCUACAUGCCUGGUGACCUUAUCAUCGGGGCUUUGUUCUCUGUCCACCAUCAACCAACUGUCGACAAAGUCCACGAGAGGAAAUGUGGAGAGGUGAGGGAGCAAUACGGCAUCCAGAGAGUGGAGGCAAUGCUUCAUACCCUGGACAGGAUUAACCUAGACCAAACAUUGUUGCCAAACAUAACGUUGGGCUGUGAGAUAAGGGACUCGUGUUGGCAUUCAGCAGUAGCUCUUGAGCAAAGUAUCGAGUUCAUACGGGAUUCGCUCAUCUCAUCAGACGAGGAGGAAGGACUGAUGAAGUGUGUGGAAGGAUCGAUAGCUCCCUUACUUUCCAAGAAGCCAAUUGUUGGUGUUAUCGGGCCUGGAUCCAGUUCUGUGGCAAUCCAGGUGCAGAACUUGUUGCAACUUUUCAACAUACCCCAGAUUGCCUACUCUGCUACAAGCAAGGACCUAAGUGACAAAACCUUGUUCAAAUAUUUCAUGAGAGUGGUACCCUCAGAUGCUCAGCAGGCUCGGGCGAUGGUGGACAUUGUCAAAAGAUACAACUGGACGUAUGUCUCUGCUGUGCAUACUGAAGGAAACUAUGGUGAAAGUGGGAUGGAAGCCUUCAGAGACAUGUCAGCCAAAGAAGGGAUCUGCAUUGCCCAUUCCUACAAGAUUUACAGCAAUGCCGGGGAGCAGAGCUUCGACAAGCUGUUGGAGAAGCUGAGAAGCCAUUUACCCAAGGCAAAAGUCGUGGCGUGCUUCUGCGAAGGCAUGACUGUGAGGGGGCUGCUGAUGGCUAUGAGGCGUUUGGGCUUGGCUGGAGAAUUUUUGCUGCUAGGCAGCGAUGGCUGGGCAGACAGGUAUGAUGUGACAGACGGAUACCAGCGUGAAGCUGUGGGCGGAAUAACGAUCAAGCUCCAGUCUCCUGAUGUGAAGUGGUUUGAUGAUUAUUACCUGCAGCUCCAGCCGGAAACCAAUCACCGAAACCCAUGGUUUCAGGAAUUUUGGCAACACCGGUUCCAGUGCCGGCUGAAGGGAUCCCCUCAUGAGAAUUUCAAAUUCAACAAGACCUGCAGCAGUGAUUUGACCUUGAAAACACAACAUGUGCAAGAUUCCAAGAUGGGGUUUGUGAUUAACGCAAUCUACUCCAUGGCACAUGGCCUCCAUAACUUGCAACUGGCGCUGUGCCCAGGCUACGCGGGUCUUUGUGAUGCCAUGAGACCAAUCGAUGGACAGAAACUCCUGGAUUCUCUUAUGAAGUCCAACUUCACUGGGGUUUCUGGGGACAUGAUCUCGUUUGAUGAGAAUGGAGAUUCACCAGGACGGUAUGAGAUCAUGAACUUUAAGAAAAUGGGGAAGGACUACUUUGAUUAUAUCAAUGUUGGAAGCUGGGACAAUGGUGAACUGAAAAUGGACGAUGAUGAAAUUUGGUCCAAGAAAAGUACUGUCAUCUCAUCUGUCUGCAGUGAACCUUGUGAGAAAGGAGAGAUCAAGGUUAUCCGCAAAGGAGAAGUCAGUUGCUGCUGGACUUGCACACGAUGCAAAGAAAAUGAAUUUGUCUUUGAUGAAUACACAUGCAAAGCCUGUGAAUUGGGCUCCUGGCCCAACCCUGAACUCACUGGCUGCAAUUUAAUCCCAGUCAAAUAUCUCCGAUGGGGUGAUCCAGAACCAAUUGCAGCAGUUGUGUUUGCCUGCUUGGGUCUCCUGGCCACCAUGUUUGUUACGGCCGUAUUUAUCAUGUACCGUGAUACACCGGUGGUCAAGUCGUCCAGCCGAGAGCUCUGCUACAUCAUCCUGGCUGGCAUCUUUUUGGGCUACUUGUGCACUUUCUGCCUCAUUGCAAAGCCUCAACAGAUCUAUUGCUAUCUGCAACGGAUUGGCAUUGGCCUCUCUCCCGCAAUGAGUUAUUCUGCCCUUGUGACAAAAACCAACCGCAUCGCCAGGAUCCUUGCCGGCAGCAAGAAGAAAAUCUGCACAAAGAAGCCUCGAUUCAUGAGCGCCUGUGCCCAGCUGGUCAUUGCAUUUAUCCUAAUAUGCAUCCAGUUGGGCAUCAUUGUCGCCCUUUUCAUCAUGGAGCCACCAGAUAUCAAGCAUGAUUACCCCAGUAUCAGCGAAGUCUUUCUCAUUUGCAACACCACCAACCUGGGGGUCGUGACCCCUCUUGGAUAUAAUGGCUUGCUCAUUUUAAGUUGUACCUUCUAUGCAUUCAAGACAAGAAAUGUCCCUGCCAAUUUCAACGAGGCCAAGUACAUUGCCUUCACCAUGUACACCACUUGCAUCAUCUGGCUGGCCUUCGUGCCCAUUUAUUUCGGGAGCAACUAUAAGAUCAUCACCAUGUGUUUCUCCGUCAGCCUGAGUGCCACCGUCGCUCUUGGCUGCAUGUUUGUGCCAAAGGUAUACAUCAUCCUCGCCAAGCCGGAGAGGAAUGUACGCAGCGCCUUUACCACCUCCACUGUGGUCCGCAUGCACGUUGGGGAUGGGAAGUCGUCUUCUGCUACCAGCCGUUCAAGCAGUUUGGUCAACCUGUGGAAAAGAAGAGGGUCAUCUGGAGAGACUCUAAGGUACAAAGGCAGGAGGCUGGCCCAGCACAAGUCGGAAAUAGAGUGUUUCACUCCAAAAGGGAGUAUGGGCAAUGGUGGGCGAGCGACCAUGAGCAGCUCCAAUGGGAAAUCAGUCACGUGGGCCCCGAAUGAGAAGAGCACGAGUAGGGGAGCCCACCUCUGGCAAAGGCUUUCCAUUCACAUCAACAAGAAAGAGAAUCCCAACCAAACAGCAGUGAUCAAGCCUUUUUCAAAAAGCACAGACAGCAGCCGACACAGCAGCGCCACGACCGCUACCACCACCACCGCCACGUUUCCAGAGUCCAGUGCCAAAACACUUUAUGAUGUCUCAGAAGCAGAAGAGCACUACCCAGCUCAGUACCGAGUCCAAACCCCCUCUCCCAUCAGCACAGUGAGCCACAGAACUGCCUCACUGAGCCGGACGGAAGACGAUGCCUCAACCUUUCAGACAGAGCAAGCCCAGAGAAGCAGUUCCUCCCAAGGUUCUCUGAUGGAGCAGAUCAGCAGCGUGGUGACCCGUUUCACAGCCAAUAUCAGUGAACUCAACUCCAUGAUGCUUUCCACUACCACACCAGGGACAAUGGUGGCGACUCCUCUAUGUUCUUCCUACCUAAUCCCGAGAGAGAUACAGCUGCCUACGACCAUGACGACGUUUGCGGAGAUCCAGCCACUUCCUGCGAUUGAGGUCAACAGACCGUCCCAAUCGGCCAGGAAACCUUCUUGUGGGAGUGUCAAAGAAGGCCCUUCUGCAGCAGAAGCACCAGCAGCAGCCAAGCCGGAACUGGAAGAACUGGUGGCUUUAACGCCUCCCUCUCCUUUCAGGGACUCUGUUGAUUCUGGGAGCGCUUCUCCCAGUUCCCCGGCCUCCGAAUCUGCCCUUUGUAUCCCCUCCUCACCGAAAUAUGACUCGCUUAUUAUAAGAGAUUAUACUCAAAGUUCUUCUUCAUUGUGAAUGUAGUUCAAGUCCAACCUUGGAUCUCGACAGCUUCAGGUCAAUGGGAGGGGAGGCCCAGCUUCCAGGAUCUCCGGUGUUUACAGACACAGUGAGAAUAAUGGGUCAUCUUGAAAAAACGCGGAAGGGAGACUUGAAAAUGACAGAUGGAGUAUGCUCUUUUAAAUACACAUACAGAAAAUAAAACUUUAAGCAGAUUCUUGUGGCCUUAAAAACAUGGGCUUUUAAAUGAAAAAAAAAAAUUGCAUCUAUUUGGGAGGGCUUUUGAGGAGUCUUUUAAAUCACUUACAUACCAAGUGCUUUGCAUUAGUAUACAACAAUGAACUGUUGAUGCGUACAACAGGGAGAGAAAAGGGUGGCGAUUGUAAACAGCGGUCCAGUGCUUGUUUACUUGGAUUCCUUAACCUGGAAGUGAACCUUGAUCUUUUAUCAAGACAUAGAAGACCAAACAUUGAAUGUACAUUUUCUAACAGACUUGAGACCUGGGACCAAACUAUCCAGCUCCUUUUCGUUUUGGUUUAUGGUGUUUGUUUCUUUUUUUUUUUUUAAUGAAGAUCUCAACUAAUAGUAACCUAUUCUGUAACAACUAACCAUUUUGGCAAAAGCGUAUUAUGUACACAGCGGUGCACCGCAUGUUGACAAACGUAAGUUGAUGCAUUGCAGCGAUUGACUGCAGUCACAGAGGGCUUAAAAAAAAGACUUCUCAUCUGACAGAUUUGUUUAUGAGGGGAAAAAAAUUCUCUUCAGAUAAGUAUCUAAAUUUUUAUUUGUCAACAUUGGAUUCAUCUCCAGAGCUACACAAUUCCAGGAGGAUUUCCUGACUAUUUCACCAUGUUGCCAACCAAUAAUGGAGUAGCAAAAAAGAAAUUAAUAAUAUUUUCUGGAGUACUGUUUUGUAAUUCCCUGAUCAGGGCAAAUGUUAAGGAAAAUGUUCUCUUUCUAGCAGCGUUGUGGAGCCAUAGCAUAGCUGUGUUCCCAAGUGAAAUUCAAUUCACACAUUUUUAUGGACAUUCUUACAUUAACAUUGCCAGCUCAAAAUUUUUAUCAGGCUGAAAGGUCUUUUACUCGUAAGGAAGCGAUGGACUGUCUGACGUUUUUCUCUGAGAGCAGUCAAAGAAUGAGGCGGGUUUCUCGAGGGAGGUAUAGGCAGUUGUCAGGAAGCGAGAGAUUCUUCCAAGCCCUUCCCACCUGUCUUUUGAUGGAGAGACAGAGUACUAGACUACUGCCCAUUCUCUUUCAAGCAGAGGGAACUGCAAUACAAGAGGCUGUGUGUCCCUGUCUGCUGAGUGAAUUCUUAAUGCCGUGUAGUCCAUGAGGCAACCAUCACUUUUUCACAGGUUUUUCACUUUCCAAGCAGUGAGUCCCCCUCAGGAGUGUCCCUUCCAUGAGGCAAGAUGAGGUGGUUGGCUCAGGCAGCAGAUUACUGGAGUACCAGUGAGGCAACAGGAUGCUGUCUUGCCCCUCACUUUAACAGGAAGGGGGAAGUGUAUGCACAAGGAGGCAGCAUUUGACACCUUGCCUCAGGGGCACAGAGUGGUUGAGGUGCCACUGUUCUCCCUCCCCACUUUUUAAGGUGAUAAAGCAGGCCCAGAAUGUGGCUUUGCUCCCUCUCUUCCCUUUCAGUCUCCUUGAGUCUGGUCCAUGCACAAGAAGAUGCUUUUGGGCUUCUUUAUGUCAAGGGGUGCUUCUCACGAUCCAGGCAUCACAUGCAAGGUGCUUGAAACUGCCUCACUGCAAGGGCCGCUUCACACAACCAGCCAUUUUGUGUGUGCCAAUGUGCUACGUGCAUUAAAGGAGUGAGGAACCCCACCAUUUGGUUGGUGUCUAAGCCAGCUCCAGGCUUUUGUGGACAUCUUGACAAAACACUUGAGUAGAACUACCUCCCAAACCCACCCGCAGGAAGACACCACUCUGCAGUCCAUGUCUUCCUUAUCUGGUGGAGGUUAGAUUAGGGAUUAGGAAAGUAGAUUAUGCUGCGUUUGGAGCAGGACUCUUCAGACUCUGUGGGCCCUGAGGAGACACCCAGCCUUGCCAAGUUCAUGCUGCCAUGCCUCAAGCUGUGACCAAUCUUUCCUAAUGGUCUUUUUUUAGUUAACAUUGUUAGUUUGGGUGCUUUGCACUACAGAAGCAAUUCAUAAAUGUUGGUUGACAUCUAGACUAGACUAACGUUGCACUAAUGCAGGGGUUCCCAACCUGUGGUACUCCAGAUGUUGAUGAACUACAACUCCCAUCAUCCCCAGCUACAGUUUAUUAUGACCGGGGAUGAUGGGAGUUGUUGUUCAGAAACUUCUGGAGUACCACAAGUUGGAAAUCCCUGCACUGGUGCAAUGAACAAAGAUGCACCCAUGCAAGAAGGCCACAUGAGCAAAUGCGGCAAGCUGUUCCAAAUAUCUUGCAGUCUGCUUGCGCAAGUGUUGCACAUCUGUUGCACAUGCACAACAGGGAAAGCAGAUAGCCCUGCAUCAUUCCCUGUGACAUAUAUUUUCUCUCUCACUAGAGGGAAUAUUUCCUCUAAUUUAGCGCCUGUCAUGACACACAUGUGUAUCAUUGAAAAGCAAAAGAGUAUGCGUCUUCAGAACAAUUGUUUUACCAACAUGUGAAUAUGUGCAAAUUUAAGUGAUAGAUUAAGUGACUGGAACUGGUAUAGUUCCUUUGAAUAUGAUUUCUUUAAUCCAGUGACAACCCUAAUAAACAGCCUGCAAUGGGAUGGAGGCAAACUAUGUGGUUGGAAGGCUCCCAGUUCGCACAGCAAGCUGAUCACACACAAAUGUUCAUUAUUGCUGCUGCAAAGAGUCUUGUUCACACAUGCACAUACAUCACUUGCUUUCUUGUCCUUUGAUUUAUCAGUACUUGAUGAUGCACAGGUGAAUGUGUGAAUGGACAUCACUGAAAAGCAUUGGCUGACAUCCAGAUUAACGCAGCUCUCAUGCGGCUAAUGGUGCACUGGUGCUGGGAGGGGCAAUUUUUGUUAGUCUCCCUUUCAUUCUGAAGCCUCUAUGCCUGCUGAAAAUAUUCCCUGAGGGUCACACAGCCCUCGAGGACAUGAGAUUUGACUACAUGAAGAGAUUUGAAUGUUCUGCCUGAGACAUUCAUUCUGUGACUUGGUCCUCACAUGCAGCAGAACGAAGAUCUGGAAUCCUGUGGUGGUCGAGAGGACUGUACCACUUUACGCUAGUGGCAAGGUGCCCUUUUCAGUGCUCCCUCACGUACAAAAAAAUCUUCCUGCAAGUCAAAACAAAACAAAACACCUAUAGAACAGAGAGAGGUUCUAGCUGAGACUGCUCCUUAUUGUGCUAGUUUUAUAUUUGCAGGGACUUAAAAAAAAAUAAGGGAGCAUUAAAUCUCUCUCUCUCUUUCAUAUAUAUAUAUAUAUAUAUAUAUAUAUAUAUAUAUAUACACACACACACACACACACACACACAUACAUACAUACAUAUACACACAUACAUACAUAUACACACACACAUACAUACAUAUACACACAUAUAUACACACAUACACAUAUAUAUCCUCCCUCCUUCUCCUCCACCUCUCCCUCUCUCCCUUCCCCCCUCUUACCCCCCCCCCCCACACACACAGAGAAAGACACAUACACACCAGUGUGAAUGGCACCUCGGGACCUAGAACAUUAAUCUCCAACAAUGAUCUCCUUCUGCUUCAUGUGUAGGCCAAACCAAGACACGGAACUGGUCACUUGAUGUCUCACUCAUCAAGUGAUAAAUGAGCACAUGACUGGGCUGCAAUGAACAUGAGCAGAUAUAUUAAGACACCUUCCAUGUGGUGACUGAAUCAUGAGAAGCGGUUCCCAUGUAUCAUUGGGGAGGCUCAACACAUUGACUUGCUUUGAGGAGUUUUGUGACCAAUUUGGAGCACAGGAAGAGAAUUCUGGGGACACAGUGGAAUCAGGGGUGUAGCUAGGGGAGAGGGGGCAUGUUUGCCCCUCUCUCUGGUGGCCCCUUGGAAUGAAGGGGGUAAUGGAGAAAAUAGGGAGAAAUGGAGCUGGGGGGGGGAGCUUGGGAGCCUGGGUUCUUUGAACCCAUUCACUCAAUUAUAGCUACACCCCUGGUGGAAUAAAUGGAAGAUAUUCAGGACAAGGUUACAUGCUCAUAAUUCACUUCCUCAAAUCAAGGGCAGCUUCACACAAGUCCUGUCAAGUUCCAAAGCCAGGAAAAUGUUGGUAGAAUAUUGGGAACUGUAAGCACCCACUUCCGGUGAGUGUGUUGUGUGAACCUACUGAAAUCCAGUCCCUACGCUGUCUGACCAACAUUUACUGAAGUUCUCCACCCAGCUUUGCAUCUUGAUGAUUCCCAGUGGGCACAGGAAGUCAGCAGAAUGUCAGGCAGACAGCACAGGAACCAGACCAGGUUCACACAACACGCCUGCUGGGAAUGUGUAUGCUUGUGUUUUCCAACACAUUCUACCAACAUUUCCCAGGCUUUGGGAGAUGCCGGCAGUUGCGUGAAGCCACCCCAGAAAGAAUGAGGGUGAGGAAAAGAAAAUUGUCACAAUCUGAUGAGAGGAAAUUUUGCUAUUCUGUAACAAGCAUCCUUUUUUUAGCGUUGUUUACUUUCCUGUGCAUUGCAGCUGCGAACCAUGCUUUUUUAAAAAAAAGUUUCAAAGCAAUACAGAGGACAUCCUAAAACAGAAAAGACUUAAAGAGAUACAGAACAACAAAGUCUUUCUUUUGUUUCUUAGCAGCUCAUCCAAUGUUAGAAGGUAAUUGACAGCCCCACCCCCCCCAGCACACACACACACCCCUCUAUCUGAGUGGUGGUUCUAUAACUUCCUGAACUUCCUGCUGUUAUGUUACUUUAAAUAUCUUCAUAUACAGGGGAAAUGACUGAAUGUAGGAACAGAAAUCAAAUCAUGUUGAUAGGUAGAAGCAUGAAUCAAAGCUCUCCCUCUCAUUGAAACUCUGCAUGCGCAUUGAUUAUUGCACCCCCUUCUUCAAAGCCGCUGCCCUCAUGUGCCAAACUCUGGUUUAAUUUUGUGUUGCAGUUCACAAGGGAGUCGACACAGCCUUAUACAAAGAUAGCCUUAUAGAAGGAAGCCUUGCAAAAAGACUGCUCUGCAUUUUUUAAAAUUGUCUUAUUACUUUGUAGCCAUGGAUACUGUGCAAAUAGUAAUUGUGGGCCCUCGUCCCGUGCCCCGCCCCCCUUCCGCGAUCCUGAGCAAAGAGCUUUCUGAAGCAAUGGUUCACCACCUCAGAACCAUUCAAACGAUGUUCUCUCCUGGGUUUUAUAUUGUGCAACUCAAUUGAACUGUUAAUGGAAAGUGCUGAAGGUGAUUAACUAGCCAUCUUCAUCCGAACAACCGUUUCUUCCCGUGUUCUUUUUUUCAGCACAGGAAAUAUUGUGUGUAAAGAACUCAGUUCUUUAGUUCAGUCUGUGCCACAUGUUAAGACCACAUAGCAUGGAACUUACUGCAAUCUUGGUUACCUAGUUGUCCGUGGUCGUGUGAACCCACCCUAUGGCAGGAAGUGCAUGUUUCCUUGGGGCAGGAAACCUAGAUGUGUAGCCAAGAUUUGGUGUCGCUCCCCCUGUGGUGCACAUUAUGUCUGAGCCCAUGCUCUUCAUGAACCUCUGGCUGGUUCUAGGCAAGCCAGCCCCCUUUACAACUGGGACUUGGAAGCAACUGGUGUAGGAAAGGCUUUCCAGUUGAAUGGCAGGGCCAGGCAGGCUGGGAUAGCAUCCAGGGGGCGCAUCUCUGGCUCCACUUGGCUCCUUUCAACCAACUAAGAUAUGUGACCAUUUGGAGCGCCGACUUCAAGUUCCCUCCAUACCUCAGACUGGAGGAACCGGAGGGUCCCGCUUUGUGUGAGCCCAUCCUAGGUAAACAAAGAAGUUCAGCCAAUGACAGGGUUAUGCAGCUGAUGGGGCAUAGAGAUGCAGAUUAUGUUCCCAGUGGCUUGAGUUGAGUCCUCUGAGACAAAAUUAAUGGGUUGAAAUCCGAUAUAUACUGUAGUUGAAAACUACCAAAUCCAUCCUCACCCUCCCCAAUCCAAGCACUGUUGUCAUUAUGCAAGUCUCUCCCCAACCCUUUUCAGAUUUCUUACAGUGUUGCACAUUUUAUUAGGUGUAAUAAUAGUGUGUAGGGGGCAGGGGAUAUGUUGGCUUUGCAGAACACUUCACCCAAUGCAACUGAAAGAUGCCAUGUGUGCUAAAUUUCCCCUACGUGUGCCGAGGCUUAAUUUUACUCUACUCUGAGUAGACCCACAAUUGACAGCAAUGAUGAUGAUAUGAGCAUAUGGUCUGAGAGGUUGGCUGUGCAAUAUUCCACUACAUUAAUGGGCAGUUCUUGAGUUUGGAAAGGUGAAAGUUAUCUCCUGCAGACCAUACAGAGUUGCUGCCAGCUUUCACCUACAGCAAAGUUUGAGGUUAAUUCAGAGGUCCUGCUCAGGUGGAGCAUCUGCAGAAAUUUCAAGGAGAAAUAAACAUUUAGUUAUAAGUUUAUUUGGUCAUUGACCAGCAAGAUUAGCAAAAUUUCUCACCAGGUUUGCAUGUCUCUAGAAACCAUCCGAUCUUGAUUUUGGACUAAGGAGAUUGGAGGGACAAGUGUUGUGAUUGACAGAACAUGAUUUGAUUAUGCUGCUAGAGCUUUGUGGACAAGUAGCACUUAUUUAUAAGAAUAACUUUACAAACUUUACUUACUUCUAGUAUGCAAAUUCAAACUGCCAUAGGAAUGUUUUGUGAUUCCCAGAGGGGAGAGGUGAUUGUUCCUUGUUUGCAAAAAUGCAGGAAGUCUUUGAACAUCCGUUGCAGUUUUAAGAUUUUCCAGAGGAAAAACUCUGGAAACUUUCAGCAGAAGAAUAAAUAUGGUUGACCAAAAUCAUGAGCACUAAUGUGCCUAGUAAGAGACAAUGUAGAUGGUGGAUUCAGAUCCUAGCUAAAACCAUGACUCAAUGGGAGAGCACAAACAUUGCAUGUAGAGCAGGAGUAGGCAACCCUGGCUCUCCAGCUGUUGUUGAACUCCAACUCCCAUCAUCCCCUGCCACAAUAAAUUGUGGCUACAUGCAAAGCUAGACGGUCCCAGGUUCAAUACCUCAGACACUGGGGAGUCACUGCCAGUUAUAUUGUACUAGGCUAUGUAUUAAACCCAUGUAGGUUUGUUGUGUAGAUAAGCUCGGAGAGACAAUAGAGAUGGAAAGUAGGUUUCACAUAUGAAUGGAUAAGGGGAGGAAAUUGUGUUUUGUUGUGGGCUGGUGAAAGUCCACUGAUCAAAGCCAUUCAUACCAGAUCAUCAUGGUUUGCUUUGAUGAGAGAUGUGUUCCAGUAGGUGGUGGGUUACUGGUGCCAUAAGUGGCACUGACAGCAUCCCUGGAUUAGAGCAUGAGGAUCUUCAGACUGGAUGAUAAGACAGAGUCAGGCCUGUAUUUCUGCUUGCCUCCACUGUAUUGUGCUACUUUCUUCUCCAUAGCUCAGUAGACCAGCAGCAAAAUCACCCAAGGCAUGGGGAGCUGUAACAUAUUACAAUAGUACACAGCAAUCUGACACUUCCUUUUACUUGGGCCGUCAUUGUCCUCCUAGCCAGCAGGGGGAGCAGCAACAUCUGACUUGGGCAAUACAGAACUGCAUCAACAUCCACUGGUCACAUGUCAAGACACCAGGUGGAAUCAGAGCAGCUGUCCUGCAAACACCAAUCCAGCUAAGGUUAGCGUCUACACAUCAGUCCUACUAUAAUCAAUGGGGCUUCGGUUUGUAACAGCCAGUUCAUCACAUUUAUAUCAGUGGAGCUUAAACAUGACUCAUUUUGGCUGGGUAGGAGGCCAUGUCCAUAGGAUAUGCAAUAAUAAUAAUAAUAAUAAUAAUAAUAAUAACCCAGGGCAUUGAUACAAGGCUUUUGUGGUCUCACAAAUAAUCAGGGCGCCAUGAAAACAAAAUGAAUUUGGCUGUCAGCAAUAAACGUAAACAUCACCAUAAGUCUUGUGGACCAAAAGUGCAUUGUGGCACAAGUUGCCUUCCUUGGCAAGAUGCACAAGGAAGAUAUGGCAGUGAAGAUUUUAGAUGACAUGAGUCUAAGGCAGAGUGGGCAGUGGGAAUAGAGACUGUCUGGCAAAGUGUUACGACAAAGGAGAAUAUCCUGAAAGUGGAGAGACCAAACAUAAGUAGGUUUCAAACUGUGUUAACAAAAGAACAGCCCUGCCGGAUGAGGCUCAAGGCCCAUCUAGUCCAGCAUCCUGUUUCACACAGUGGCCCACCAGAUGUCGCUGGAAGCCUACAGGCAGGAGUUGAGAGUAUGCCCUCUCUCCUGCUGUUACUCCCCUGCAACUGGUAUUCAGUCUAGUGUUGUGGGGAAACCUAGGUUUCCUGAAAAGUUUAUCAAGGAGCCAGUUCAGAUGAACAUCAGCUGCAACAUGCCAUCAGGGUGAGGUCUCGCUAAGAGGGUUUAACCCCUAUUUAAACAACAGGUUACUGUUGCCCCAAUAUGAGGAAAACAUAUGAGGAAGAUGCUGCCAUUUUCAUGCUGGGACAGUCUAUUGUGAGUAUAUAUUGGUAGUUCAUAAAAAGUUGAAUGCUGAGAACUUUCUUGGUUCCUUUACUCCCGUAUCUUAAUAAAGAAUCACAGAUUUGACACAGUAUCCUCGAUUGUAAUUGAGACUGGGAUUAGGUUAGGUCACUGCCAAAAGUAAUUAUCUCACAUAUUGUGAUGUGCAGAUAGGAACACAGCAAGCUGCCUUAUAUUGAGUUGGACCAUUGGUCCACCUAACUCAGUAUUGUCUAUAGCGAUUGGGGCUCUCCAAGGUUUCACUUAAGAGUCUCUCCCAGCCCUACCUGGAGAUGCCAAGGAUUGAACCCGGGACCUUCUGCGUGCAGAGCAGGUGCUCAUCAUCAUCUUGCAUACAUGGAGAGUGCAUCCAAGAACAUUCCCAACAUUCCCAAAGCUGCCACAGUUUGAGCUGUAUCUGAGUAAUUGAAUCUGCUUUUGAAUUCCCACAUUUCACAUGUCAAUGUAUAACUAUCAAAUAAUCAUUUUUAAAAAAUUAAUUGAGGUUAGAAUGUGCUUGAGAAGUAGAAGCCAGCAGCAAAGUCUGUGUCUCGGGGUUGCUGUACACAUUUUAUUUAUUUAUUUAUUUAUUUGUUAAAUUUGUAUGCCACCUUUCAUUAAAACAAUCCCAAGGCGGUUCACACAGAAAAGUUAAAACAAGACUAUAAAAAUUACACCAUUAAAAUAUUAAGGUAAAAAAUAAAAACAGAGCUCAAACUAAAAAGAUUUUAAAAUGCAUGCAUAAAAUAACCAUACAUGAACAGUAUGAAUUUGCAAGCAAUGAUUAAUAGUUGACAAUGUGAACUUACUCCCCUGCAAAGCAUUGUGUUGGUAGUAGCAUGAAAGUAUUACCUGUGGUGUUUGAUGUGUGCUAGCACAUUCACACAUGCAAGUACCACUUGCUGCUCCAGUUAUGGAGUGAUGAUCAUGCAUGUGUGAACCAAGCCUCAGACUGUGUUGUGCCCUAGUCAAAGUCUCCAUGAAUGCUCUAAUGCAAACAUGGAGCUCCAACACGAUCUUUUUUUUUUUGCAUUCAUUGGACGAUCCCCUCAAGUGAAGUGAAUGGGAAAAUUCCACUGGUAUGAACCAAAAGUUCCCUUCCUCUGACAGAAGAAGCAUCCUCCAGAGGAAGGGAUCCUUCCUUCAGAGGAAGCUUCCUUCUGUUGGAAAAAGAUUCAUUUUUUCAUAGGAUGAGAAAUUUUGGAUGCAACCCCAUGUAUCUAAGGAGUGGGGGGGGGAUACCCCUGUAAAGAAAGACAGUGGCUGGCAUUCUGACUAAAUUACUCGACAGAAGUCCUAUUGGAAUUAAAUAGUCCUUUAAAGCAACUCCUGAGCAGCACUACUGCAUAACUUAGUCUAGUUUUCAGCCUUAUUUCUUCUUACCUGAAAAUUUCUUGUGUGAUUUGGAGUCCUUACUCUGACAAUAAAUCACUAGAUUGGGGUAUUUGUGUGGAUGUUAAGUGUUAGUAAAGUUCAGAAUUCAUGAAGAAAAAUGAACUUCUAAUGUCAACAUUUGGGUGUUUUUGAAUGUGGAAUGUUUGGAAUGUGGAUAAUUUUUCAGACUUCUGAAUGCAAAUGCAAGAAACGUAUUGAUGUUCAAAUUCAUUCAUGUGGGAAGCAAACAUGCCACAUCACUGAAAUUUGCUACCCACAACCUUAUAGAUAUGAAGAUGCAAAAUUUGAUAUGAACUUCAGAUUCAAAAGUUGCUAAGAAACAAGUGUUUCCAAGGUGGAUGUUUGAAUUUUGCAUAGAGAAUAUUGGAAUGGGGAUGCUUUUUCUUUUCUUCAAAGCCAUGAAUUAGAAAUGUGUUGAGUUACAAGUGUUCAGUCAAACUUUCAUUUGGCCAUAGUUUGAAAGGUGCUGGACAUAUGCCAGACCAUUUCAAACAGAAACGCUACCCCCAAUGUCAACUUGUGUCAACAUCAAUCCAAAAAAAGAUGGGCUCGUAAAUUGGGCCUUACAUUUUUAUGUUUUUGCUCGCUUGGACAAAGAUAGUUGACCUUUUAGUAGCAUUUGUCCAAGGGUACUAGAGACAGUGGAGCAGGAAAAAGGGAAAGGAAAUCAAGCAUCCACACAUUUGCUCCCCCAAUCUAAUAUUUCCCCCCAGGUUUACUGUCAUCCUGAAGUCUAAGAAGGAAAUGUAGCAAAUUGCAGAAUGUGCCAAAGGACAUGGGAGUGUGAUCUCCAUAAAUAAGGGCUCGUUCAGAUAGGAAUUCAUCUUGAAAUAGAGCAUGUCCACAAGGGCAGCCAUUUUGUUUUUCUUUGAAAUAGUGGAUGUGAAUGACAGCUCUCUGCUGGCUUGUGUGAUGAUGUUACUGGCAUAAGACUGACACAGGCUGAUGAGUCCAUUCAGAUUGCUUCUGGUGGUCUCCACUGGGGUAUAUGAGGGAAAGAUGUACCUGGCUUCCCCUGGCAUGUUUCUUGCAUACUUGGUUGUGAGCUACAACACCCAGCUGAGAGUAUAGGGAACUUGUCUCCAGACAAGCGCUAAGAGGCACCUCUUGGUUCUACUGCAUUCUCCUAACUUACAACCCAGGAAUUUCCAUUUCCUCCUCCACAGGAGAAAUGUCCAUGGAGAAACCUCAUAGGGGACUGCUGAAGGCUUCAAUUGAAUAGUGCAACUUUGCUUUUAUGCUACCGCUUUUUCUUGCACCCAAGCUAUCAAGAUCUCUUCUAUUUUAUACUGUGAAAUAACACCACCACCGUAUCGCUAUAUGUUGUUCAAAAGUUACAGAUCAGUGAAGGGAACUCAAAAUAUUCUCAUCUCAGUAAGGAAUCAGUGUGCAUGAUUGAUUGAGUCUGUCUUGUCUGAGCAAGGAUAGCGCAACGAUAUCAGAGACAGUGCCGCCUGCUAAAUGCCAACUCGCUCUGAUCUGCCAAAUGUGAACAAAUAUAUUACGUAUAUUACGUGUACUAAUAGGAUUCAAUGGCAGCUGCUGGUGAUAUUUGUAUAAUUAGAAAUCUAUAUAGGAUAUAGAUGUUUUAGAGAGACGGUGCCAAUUCUAAACAAUAUUGUGUGGGCUACAAGUGCUUGUAAUUAUUUUUUAAUUUGCUAAUAACCUAUUAUGACAACUUGGUUUUGGAACAUUCUGUGAGUAUAUGGGGUUCUUUUUUUUUUAACGUUGUUGCCGCUUUAAAAACUAUUAAAACAAUAGAGAAUGUAAAGUUAUUCUUCUGAUGUGAACUGAGACUGAUUUUUCAUUAAACAAAAUCUUAACCUUUUUAUCAGCUCUGUUUUUUGCUUUCUUACUUGUACAAAAAAUGUAAUUUAUUUUAGCAUUUUAAGAAAAAAUACAUUUGCUUGUUUCUUGGUUGCCUACAUCAUGUUAUAGUUGGUGUUUAUGUAGAGUCAGGUACUUUUUGAACAGUAUUAAAAAAAACCACCUGUGAUAUGAA